AUGAAAGUCCAAAAAAUAAUAGAGAGUCGCGGUGAUGGACUAAAAGUAGCGCCCAUAAAAAAUAAGGAUCCUCUCGUCAUCCUAAAAGAUGUCUUUAUAGACAGUGAAGAGGAAGACAUAAUCAAGGCGCUCUACGCUCAAAACAAAGACGUUUUCUUUGGCCUAACUGAAGAAGACAUGGAAAUGGCAAUAAAAUUUAAAAAACGGACAAGAAAUCCAAAGACCGUUCACAUCAUUCUUCAGGUUAGGCCUAAAGUAUGGCAGAGGAUGACGGAGGCUGGAGCCCUCUAUCUGGACCUUCAAAGGGUAAGAGUCGAGGACCAGUCCCCGCUCAUACAAUGCACGAAAUGCCUCGCUUUUGGACAUGGUCGGAAAUUUUGCACCGAGAGUGUGGACAGAUGUAGUCACUGUGGAGGACCGCAUCUCCGUGAGAGAUGCGCAGACUUUUCCGCAGGGAAUGAACCACAGUGCUGCAACUGCUCACACUCUGGGUUGCGGAGGACCGACCAUAAUGCAUUUAGUUCAGACAGCCCUGUACGGAAAAAAUGGGACUACUUGGCUCGUGCAAACACGGCCUAUGCCUGA